AUGAGGGUCUACAUCGAUGCCAGAGUUAGGCAGUUCCUCGAUGAGACCGAGAAAGGAGUGACCCACUGUGGUCGUUCGGCCAGGCCAGCUUCCUCUGUCGUCCUUCAGUCUCCAAAGUCUUGUUCUUCCCUUGUCGAUCUGCUGAUUAUGCUAGACACCUCUACACCUCCAGAUAUCUUCUAUCAAGAGAAGCAACUGGCAAUCGAUCUCUUCAAAGCACUUCCAGCCCAUAGACGUCUCGCUAUUUCCAUAAUACCAUUUGCGAAGAACUCAAGCAUCGUGCUGCCACUUGGGCUCAUGCCAAAAGACGAGGUCGUCUUCGAAUUGGAACGUGUCGCCAACGCUAGCGGACCGGCCAGUCUAGGAAGAGCGGCAAUCUCGACCAUUGCGGAAAUAAAAUCGCACCGCAGGAAAGGCUCCCGUGUUCUCGUCAUCAUUGUGUCAAACGGAAAUGGUGGCGAAGAGAAAUGGAGAAAUGUUCAGAAGUCGGCAGCCUCUCUUCGCUCGUCUGGUGCCGAGGUGUAUGCUGUUGCGCUAACUGAGACGGCAAAUUUUGAGAAGCUGAAAGCUUACACGGGUUCCGAGAGUAAUCUUUACCUGGCUGAAAAAUCCGACAAAUUCAUU